AUCAUAACGUUUGCGCAUGCGCUCCUCUGUUUAGCAACUAGCCGUUGAACGUCCUGAUCCAAGUUGUCGUUUUAGCAACACAUUUUUUUCCAGAGUCCCGCUGCGCAGUCGGCGCCUGCCGUUGGAUAGAAACGCCAGAGAGCAGGACUUCUGGGCGAAAGGUCACAAGGAAACGAAACACCAUCGGUGUUUUCUGCGGGGGGGGAGAAACCAUUUCACGACGUCCAAUGCCUCCGACCCUUAAGAUACGGUCGUGUUGCUAGCUGAACACAGCUAGCUCGGCGAUACUGCCCGUGUCGUGAAUGGGUUCACGGUACGAGGCUCAACUGUUCGAGAAAGUGACGGGGAUUUAAUCGGUAACAUGGACACUGCCGAGGAAGCGGAUAUUUGCCGUGUGUGUCGCUCCGAGGGCACCCCAGACAAACCCCUGUACCAUCCCUGUGUUUGCACCGGCAGCAUCAAAUUCAUCCACCAGGAAUGUUUGGUCCAGUGGCUGAAACACAGCAGGAAGGAGUACUGUGAAUUAUGCAAGCACAGAUUUGCUUUCACACCAAUCUACUCCCCAGAUAUGCCGUCGCGUCUCCCCAUUCAGGACAUCUGUGCUGGCCUGCUGACCAGUGUGGGCACAGCCAUCCGCUACUGGUUCCAUUACACGCUGGUUGCCUUUGCAUGGCUCGGGGUGGUUCCCCUCACUGCGUGCCGCAUCUACAAGUGUCUUUUUACAGGCUCUGUGAGCUCCCUUUUGACACUGCCGCUGGACAUGCUCUCUACAGACAACCUCCUGGCAGACUGCCUGCAGGGUUGUUUUGUGGUCACCUGCACUCUGUGUGCCUUCAUCAGUCUGGUGUGGCUCAGAGAGCAGAUCGUCCACGGUGGCGCCCCCCAGUGGUUGGAACAGCACCAGCCACCACCCCCUAACCUCGCUGGACAAGCCAAUGAGGGUCAAGCUCCAGGUCAGGGAGCAGCCGACGAGCCCCCCGCAGCCCAGCCGGCUCCCGCUGAUCCUCCAGCUCAGAAUGAGGCAGAGCCUGAACCCCCCGAUGCCCCCCCAGACCAGGCUGAUGACCCUGAGCUGGAAGAAGAGGGCGCCCCUGCUGAGGACGCAGAUGCCAAUAACGGAGCGCAAGACGACAUUAACUGGAAUGCGUUGGAGUGGGACCGAGCAGCUGAGGAACUCACGUGGGAAAGGAUGCUUGGUCUGGAUGGUUCACUUGUAUUUCUGGAGCAUGUGUUUUGGGUGGUGUCUCUGAACACGCUCUUCAUUCUGGUCUUUGCAUUUUGUCCCUACCACAUUGGACACUUCUCUGUUGUUGGCCUCGGCUUUGAGGAAUAUGUGCAAGCAUCUCACUUCGAGGGCCUGAUCACAACGAUUGUGGGUUACAUCCUGCUGGCCAUGACCCUCAUUCUGUGUCAUGGACUCGCUGCUUUGGUUAGGUUCCAACGUUCCCGCCGCCUCCUGGGAGUCUGCUACAUUGUUGUCAAGGUGUCGUUGCUGGUUGUUGUGGAGAUUGGAGUUUUUCCGUUGAUCUGUGGCUGGUGGCUUGACAUCUGCUCUUUGGAAAUGUUUGACGCCUCACUGAAAGACAGAGAAAUGAGUUUUAAGUCGGCACCUGGCACCACCAUGUUCCUUCACUGGCUUGUGGGAAUGGUGUACGUGUUCUACUUUGCGUCUUUCAUUCUCCUCCUAAGAGAGGUUCUGAGACCCGGAGUGCUCUGGUUUUUACGAAACCUUAAUGACCCCGACUUCAACCCGGUUCAGGAGAUGAUCCAUUUACCCAUCUACAGACACCUGCGGCGUUUCAUCCUGUCCGUGGUCGUCUUUGGCUCCAUUGUGCUGCUCAUGCUGUGGCUGCCGAUCAGGCUGAUAAAAGUGCUGAUGCCCACUUUCCUCCCGUACAAUGUCAUGCUCUACAGCGACGCCCCCGUCAGUGAGCUGUCUUUGGAGCUCUUGUUACUUCAGGUUGUCCUCCCUGCCCUGUUGGAGCAAGGACACACGCGGCAGUGGCUGAAAGGGCUGGUUAGAGCCUGGACAGUCAGCGCUGGCUAUCUGCUAGAUCUCCACUCCUACCUUCUCGGUGAGCAGGAGGACAACGAUGCCAACCAGCCUGCAAACAACAACAACAAUAACAACCCUCCCCAUGCUCCCCACAACAACAACAACAACCCAGCACCGCCUGUUGGGGAAGGACUGCAUGCAGCACAUCAGGCCAUCCUGCAGCAGGGGGGGCCAGUGGGUUUCCAGCCCUACCACCGGCCCCUUCGCUUUCCAUUUAGGAUUGUGCUUCUGAUUAUAUUCAUGUGCAUCACUCUCCUGCUGGCCAGUCUGGUGUGCUUAACUCUACCAGUAUUUACAGGCCGCUGGCUGAUGUCCUUCUGGACAGGAAGCUCUAAAAUCCAUGAGCUGUACACAGCCGCAUGUGGUCUGUACGUCUGCUGGCUCUCAGUGCGUGGAGUCACCGUUUUGUUGGCGUGGAUGCCACAGGGACGCAUCGUAAUCAUGCACAAAGUCCAGGAAUGGACACUCAUGAUCCUGAAGACCCUGGUUGUGGCUUUGCUGGUGGCUGGAGUCAUCCCUCUGCUGCUGGGGCUGCUGUUUGAGCUGGUGAUUGUGGCCCCACUCAGAGUUCCUCUAGACCAAACACCUCUGUUUUAUCCUUGGCAGGAUUGGGCUCUUGGAGUGCUCCAUGCUAAGAUCAUCGCAGCCAUCACCCUCAUGGGCCCACAGUGGUGGCUUAAGGCUGUUAUUGAGCAGGUUUAUGCAAAUGGGAUUCGCAACAUUGAUCUCCACUUUAUCAUCCGGAAACUGGCAGCUCCUGUUAUCUCAGUGCUGCUGCUGUCCCUGUGUGUGCCCUAUGUGAUUGCUGCUGGGGUGGUGCCUGCUGUUGGAGUUACCCCUGAAAUGGAGAUCCUAAUGCAGAGGAGAAUCUAUCCAUUCCUCUUGAUGGUGGUGUCGCUCAUCGGCAUCCUGUCUUUCCAGAUCAGACAGUUUAAACGACUUUAUGAACACAUCAAGAAUGACAAGUACCUGGUUGGUCAGAGGCUUGUCAACUACGAACGGAAAUCAAGCAGAGCAAACUCGAUCCCAACCUCCAACCCCAUCGCAGAGUAACAUCAUUGUGUCCGACGUGUGCCACGUUUUUGCACCAGUUACCCUCCGUUGACCCUCGGGGUAACAGCAAAGGGUCUAAACAUCAUGUGUAUCGUCAUUCAUGCCUUGCUUUGUGAAGCGCUGCCUCAUAAAUUGUACAUGUGUAAAUACUUUGAAAGCAGACUUUGUCUUAUGAGAAAAGGAUAGCUGUGGAUUAAUGCAAUGACCAUUGUACAUCUUAAAACCUGUAUGUAUAAUUUAUUAAAUCAAAGUGACAGUUUA